AUGUCGUUGGGAACUCCGCAAAUGGACGCCACAAUGAUCGUGCACACUCCUUCGUCGAGUGCGAAAGGCGAGCUGCUGUCGCCGGAUUUCAGCGACAGUAUCAAGCAGUUCUUGCCUACGGAGGUGUCCGGAUCUGAAGAAGUAGAAGACGACGAAGAUGACGAAGAGGAUGUCGAGAACUUAGAUGAGGAUGACCAUUGCGAGCAAGAGAGAGAGGCAGACACAGCUACAGGCGCAGCAGAUAGCCAGGAGCCACAACCUGCUGCUACGAGUGCGGCUACCACGAAAUUCCGUGGUCGCCCCUCGUCAUGUGUGUUUGUCGCGAGCCUGGCUGCCUCUCUUUCUGACGACGAGCUGUGUCUUUCUGUUACGGAAAACUUUAAGAAGUAUGGCCAAUUGACCAUGGUGAAAGUGCUCAGGGAUCCUGCAAACAGGCCCUAUGCUUUUGUACAAUAUACAAACGACGCUGAUGCUAAAUCUGCCUUGAAUCAAGCGCAGGGGGGCCUUCUAAAUGGGCGCACUAUCCGCUGCGAGCCGGCGCGUGUGAACCGAACGCUGUUCCUCAGUUACAAGGGUCGAUUUACCAAUUUGGACCCACCCUCAUUGGUUUCCGCGGCUGUUGUUAGUAAAAUGAUGGCCAAGUUUGGGGAGCUAGAGCAACUGGUUGCCUGCAGAGACCAAUAUCCACAUCGAAAAAACUAUUGUCAAGCACCUUCUAACAGAAGUAACGCGUGGUUCGUCCAAUUUGCAUUCCGAGACGAUGCUAUUCGUGCCUUUGCCAACCUCAAAACUGAUUAUAAUUGGGUAGUGGAAUGGGCCCAAAAUAUAGACGCAGCUCCUCAUAUGAACUUGUUGAACAAUGGUGACGGCCUGGCUAUAUCAGGGGAUAAUCAAUCACCAGAUGAAGAGUUUGUAGACAAUUUUGGUGUCGUCAAUGAAAACUCUAGUACACAGAUUAGAGGGAACUUCAGCGACGUGGUCAUUGACCAAAAAUCCAUUUUCAUCGGCCAGUUGGAUUCAAAGGCGACCGAAAAAGGCCUCUAUGACCGAUUCUCAAGGCAUGGUCCAAUUAUCGACGUAAACUUGUUGGUAAAACCAAAUAAUGUUUUUGCAUUUAUCAAGUUUGCUACAGAGGAAGCUGCUGUAGCUGCUCUUGAAAUGGAAAACCAUGCUAUUUUCUUGAAUAAAACCAUGCACGUUCAGUAUCGUGAAGUGGGCGGUAGUAGGAAGUCCAGGCGUGGUAGUAGAAACACCUCCCUCAGUCAUGUCGACAACCAACAGGCAAACCACAAUUCACAUCAUUACCACCAUCAAGGUUAUUGCCCAGUUGCAUCUGGACCUGCCAUUAGUGGUGCAGGUAACCAUGGGCUUUCCUACAAAACUCCAUAUCAACCACCACGUUUAAAUUUAGCUCCUCCACCCAUUAACGUGGGCAAAAGAAGAUCAAGUACAGGCUCUGGCCCUCUCUACUCCACAUACCCAUCGUACCAAGAACUCCAUGGUUAUAAUCAACAGCAUCAAAAUCAACUGUCUGUUCUAUCGGGGCCUAAAAAGUUCAAAACAAACUCCCGGCGCAAGAGUGUUGAAAUCACCAAAUCCCAAGGCGGCCAUUGUGAUUCGAAUAAGGAUACUAAAGUCGAUAACUCGAUUGCUGCCGACGAAAAUUCAACUAAUCAUUCAUUCAUCGCAGAAACAACAACGUCAGACGACUCAGUAUCAGCAGAUACUAAUGAUGCAUCUACCAUGGCAACUUCUUCUCACUAUACAACAUCCGCGGGCGGAAUUAAUUACAAAAAGAGACUUGAUGAGUAUAAGAAACGCGGAAAUUAUCCCACUUUUGAUCCGUAUUAUUAUCCACCGUAUUACUACCCGAUCGAUUAUGCCAUGGGACCGGCCCCACCCGCAGGUCACAUAACACCUUUAAACUCCUCAGGAAGUCCCUCCCACUCUGGCCUUGGGGCUAAUCAUUCUUGCUUCAUGUAUUAUCCUGUUCCCCACAUCAGUGGUAUGGAAUCUGGUGAAGUGCAUAACCUGAUGGGAACCCCUCACCUUGCUGCAUCGCCUGGGGCUCUUGGGCAUGCUGUAAUCCCAAUACCGAUUUCACAGCAGCACUUUAUACCUAUGGAUACCAAUCCAAAAUUCAACGGGGGCGCCAACAGAAACCUCGACUACUGA